AUGAGUUCUGUAACAAUUCCAGAAGAUAUUCCUACUUCUGUUUCUUCUCACUUCGAUACCAUUUUAAUCCUUGAUUUUGGAUCUCAAUACAGCCAUUUGAUUGCUCGACGCCUUCGUGAACUCCAUGUUUACGCUGAGAUGUUGCCAUGCACUCAAAAGAUUGCUGAGCUCCCCUUCAAGCCAAAGGGUGUAAUCUUUUCUGGUGGCCCCUACUCUGUCUAUGAUGAUUUUGCUCCUCAUGUUGAUCCCGCUGUUUUUGAACUUGACGUUCCUAUUCUCGGUAUUUGCUACGGUAUGCAAGAGCUUGCUUGGUUGAAUGGCCGUGGUGUCAGCGCAGGCAUUGAAAGAGAAUACGGACCUGCUAUGGUUAACAUUACUACCGAAAGCAAAUCUGAGGUUUUCCAAAAGUUUUUUGAGUCUAUGCCCAAGGAGUUUGAAGUAUGGAUGUCCCAUGGCGAUAAGUUGAAUGCUUUACCCACUGGUUUUGAAUCUAUUGGUCAGACAAAGAACUCUCCAUAUGCUAUCAUUGCCCACAGCUCAAAGGCUAUUUUUGGAAUCCAAUUCCAUCCCGAAGUAACCCAUACUCCUUUAGGCUUGCAAUUGAUUAAGAACUUUGCUCUUGCAAUUUGUGAAGCUAAGCCAAGCUGGUCGAUGGAAAAUUUCGUUGACAAGGAGAUUCUUCGUAUUCGUAAGAUGAUUGGUCCCGAAGAUCAUGUAAUUGGUGCUGUUUCCGGUGGUGUUGAUUCCACUGUCGCUGCCAAGGUUUUGAAAGAAGCCAUCGGCGAUCGUUUCCAUGCGAUUAUGGUUGACAAUGGCUUGCUGCGUUUGAACGAAGCUGAAAUAGUUCGUGAAAACCUCAAAGAACACUUGGGUAUUCGUUUGACCGUCAUCGAUGCUUCGGACGAAUUCCUUCAAAAAUUAAGUGGUGUUUCUGAUCCCGAGAAAAAGCGCAAAAUUAUUGGAAACACUUUUAUUCAUGUUUUUGAGCGCGAAGCCGAUCGUAUUUUGAAGACAACUAGCGGUAAGGUAGAGUAUCUUCUCCAAGGUACCCUCUACCCUGAUGUGAUUGAAAGCAUUUCGUUCAAGGGACCUUCUCAAACUAUUAAGACCCACCAUAAUGUUGGGGGUCUUUUGGAAGACAUGAAGCUCAAGCUUAUUGAGCCUUUGCGUGAACUUUUCAAGGACGAGGUCCGUUCUCUAGGUGAGCUUCUCGGAAUUGAGCGCAGCCUUGUUUGGCGCCAUCCUUUCCCUGGCCCAGGUUUGGGUAUCAGAAUUUUGGGUGAAGUCAACCGCACUCAACUUGAAAUUGCUCGUAAAGCUGACCAUAUCUUCAUCACCGAAAUCCGCAAUCACGGAUACUAUGACAAGAUUUCUCAAGCCUUCGCUGCUCUUUUGCCUGUUAAGGCUGUAGGUGUUAUGGGUGAUCAGCGUACUCAUGAGCAAGUUAUUGCGUUGCGUGCUAUCACUACUUCCGAUUUCAUGACCGCCGAUUGGUUUGAUGGAUUUAGUGUGAAAUUUUUGAAGUUGGUAAGCUCUCGUAUUUGCAACGAGGUUGCCGGUGUCAAUCGUGUUCUCUAUGACAUUAGCAGUAAGCCCCCUGCCACUGUUGAGAUGGAAUAG